AUGUUAUCAAGGGCUUCUCUCUUCGACAACUUCUUGGACAUUACGGCCGCGCACGGUCGUGGAAAAAAAACUAUCGCACGUAACUUCUACGGAAACAACGCAUGACUGCACUGAAGCGACAUCAUGCGUUCGAAAAAGUUUGCAGCCAUCAGCGUAGUGCCAGAGGUCGCGUAGACGCGCUUGCUGUCGGUAGGAGUCGGCGUAGAAUUGUGUAUUAUUUUAUAGAAAACCACGCGAUAUACAAGGGUGACACGAUGACUGUCACCGAGCUAGCCACGCAGCAAGAUUUCGACGAUUUCGUCAAGUCCGAGGAACUCUCCGUCGUUCACUUUCACGCACCAUGGGCAGAGCAAUGUUCCCAAGUAAAUGAUGUGCUCGAGGAGAUGAAAAAGUUGGACCAGUAUAAAAGUGUAAAGUUCGCCAAGAUUGAAGCGGAGAAUAUACCUGAGGUAUCUCUGAAGUCCGGAGUAGCUGUUGUUCCCACUGUCCUUUUGUUGCGAAACAGUGGCAUAAUAGACAGGGUGGAUGGUGUCAAUGCCACUGAAUUGACUGAGAAAAUCAAACGUCAUUUGAAUAACAAGGAUGCCCCUUUGUUGAAUAUAAUCAAGUCGAAGGAAUCUCUCGAGGAUAGACUGAAGAAGCUGACAAACCAAGCGCCUUGUAUGUUGUUCAUGAAGGGAAACCCGCAGAAUCCACGAUGCGGCUUUUCCAGAACGAUUGUUUCCAUCCUAGACAGUUACAAGACAAAUUACAAAUCGUUCGACAUAUUACAAGAUAAUGAUGUUAGGGAAGGACUUAAAAAGUUUAGUAAUUGGCCAACGUAUCCACAACUGUAUCUAUAUGGAGAAUUAAUUGGUGGAUUGGACAUUGUGAAAGAGAUGAAUGAGUCAGGUGAACUAGAAAGUAUGCUACCGAAAAUGGAGAGUAUUGACACAAAGUGAAUUGUAAAGGUUAAAAUUUUUUUCAAGAAUUAAGUAGCUACUUUAUCUAUCAAUAAGUUUUUAAAUUAUUUUCUAAUUUGUAUUCAUAACAUGGUUCUGAAGUUAUUUGUUCAAAUCUAACUAAAUAAUUUAAAUUUGAUAACGUAUUGUUACGAAUAACUUUGGAAAUACAGAUGUUCCAAGUAAUAAUUACAAUUAAUCCUAAUAUCAAUAUGUGGAAUAUAAGAAGGGAAUGUGUUCAGCAGAGAAUAUAAUGAAAAUCAUCAAAUGUAUCAGAUGUACAUUUUGUAAACCAGGAUUAUAACAAUGUGUCAAAAUUACAAAUAAACAAAAUCUUUGAUCGUGCAAGGAAAAUUAU